AGAGAAUCGGAGGUAAGCGGAAUUCUUCAACAGGACUGUAUAACGUUAUUGUUCUCCGUUACUGUGCUUUCGUUGUUGAGUUGUAACGUUACACCGAUCAUCUACAUCAGCCAAAGUGAAACAUGACGAGAAAUUCAGAGUUCAGUCAGAACGCUGAAACAAUGGCUGAAACCAGGACAGUGGAGGAUGUAUUUGACGAUACUUACAGGGAGAAAGAGGGUCCAAAACCCCCACGGCAAAUCGUGUGGAGAAAUGUUAUUUUAAUGACAUUGUUGCACAGCGGAGCUCUGUAUGGACUGAUGAUUGUACCAUCUGCUUCCAUUCUAACUUUACUUUGGGCGGUUGUGUGCUUCUUCAUCAGUGCUCUGGGAGUGACUGCUGGGGCUCAUCGGCUGUGGAGUCACAAGUCAUACAAAGCCUCACUGCCUUUACGCAUCUUCCUUGCUUUUGGAAAUUCUAUGGCCUUUCAGAAUGACAUCUUUGAAUGGGCUAGAGAUCACCGAGUGCACCACAAGUUCUCUGAGACCGAUGCAGACCCUCAUAAUGCUGUUAGGGGCUUCUUCUUUGCACAUAUUGGUUGGCUCUUAGUCCGUAAGCAUCCAGACGUGAUUGAGAAGGGGCGCAAGCUAGACGUUCAUGAUCUCAAAGCAGACCCAGUCGUCAUGUUUCAAAAAGAGCAUUACAAGGUCUCAGUGGCACUGGCAUGCUUCGCCAUUCCCAUGUUUGUGCCUUGGUACCUUUGGGGUGAAUCUCUUUGGGUGGGCUACUUUGUCCCAGGACUCCUGAGGUACGCCACUGUGCUCAAUGCCACAUGGCUGGUGAAUAGUGCGGCCCACAUGUGGGGGAUGAGGCCCUAUGACCAUCACAUCAAUCCCAGGGAGAACCGCUUUGUGGCCCUCAGUGCCAUAGGGGAGGGUUUUCACAACUAUCAUCACACGUUUCCUUAUGACUACGCAACAAGUGAGUUUGGUAGCAAGCUCAACUUCACUACUGCUUUCAUUAACCUCAUGUGCUCCCUAGGCCUGGCCAGUGACUGCAAGCAGGCUUCCCCAGAGGUAGUCAAGGCCCGCGUUCAGCGCACUGGGGAUGGCAGUCACAAGACUGGUUGAGCGAUUCUCAGAUUUGAAAGCUCCUAUGCAGUCACAACAGGCCAAAACAUAUGUGAAGCUAUAUAUUCACAGAGUUUAUGAACGAGUUUCAAAAAUGCAUAGUAAUGUCUCCAAAUCUUAUCUGAGAUAAAAAAAACCGUGAGCCUUGCGAACUAAUACUGGUAAUAAGAUAUAUAUUUUUUGCAUUGAGAUUGACAGUGAGAGUGUUUGGUGGAAAGGUGUGGCUCUAAGUCUAGCUCUGGAAAGGCCCUGGACCUCACUGGUUAAGAGGCCAAGUGUCUGGAAGUGACACUGGUGUAUCAGUUCCACUUUGUGGAUAUAGCACUUUUUCGUUAAGCGUUCAAGUUUGUUAUGGAUGUCAUUCCAAUGCUAUGCAAUAUAUACAUUAACAUAUAUGUGCUAUUAAUCAUUUUUGGCACUUUGAAAUGUUGUGAGAGAUAAGUAGUUUUACAUGUGAAGCUUAACAUUGAGAAUCUUUGCAUAUAGUGUCAUUUAUUACCCUUAUUUGGAUAAUGGUGUGAUACUGCUUUGGAUUGUCAUUAAUCCUUUACAUCAUCCAUGAAUAAGUAAGGACUGGACAAGUAUUGAUUUACAAUGAAAUUGAUAUAAUGUUUUUUUCCCUUUACUAUUCAACUGUUGCACCAGUCAACAAACAUACUCGUUCUACAGUCAAAGAGAAAGAAUAUUGCUUGGUGCUCUUAGUCUGUUUGUUAUUGGUGGAAGGUUGGGAUUUAUUUAUUGAUACAUUGCACAAUUACAUACCUCUAAAUAUGGAUUGUACCUGAUUGAAGCACAACACAAGAUGAUCAGAUUGGAACUGACUUGUCAUAGUGCAUUGCACCACUUGGCCAUUAUGGUCAAAUCGAAAACAGAAUGAAAGAUUUGAAUAUGGAAAUAUUUCUUGAAAAAGAAGUAUACUUAUCUCUGCCUUUAUUUCACAAAGGGACAUAGUCUGUCCUUCGGGGAAAUAAACAUGGAAAAAGUAGUUGUUUGUCGAUAUAUUUAUAUGAACAUAUCUGCAAGAAGUUGUUGCCUCCCUGUUGCCUUAUCAAAUAACAUAUUAUUAUUGGUGCCUGAUUAUAGUAAUAACAAGAAUGAAUGUCCACCAAAAAGACCUUGGGUCUAUGUCGGACCAAAUGACUUACCAUACAUUACCAAAUGUCUUAAUUAGUGCAGGUGAAGGGUGUCACAGAUGAAAUGACACUUUUCGCUGAGGUAAUGAUGUAGGCCUACAUCAUACCUUUACAUUUUAAAGGACCACAUUGUUAUUCUGACGCAGUGAUGGCAAAUGGUUAGUGAUUUGUUACUUUUGUAUCUUGUCCUGUAAGAGUAGCCUAUUUUUUAUAGUGUUGGCUUCUUGAGUUUCUGAAUGCCUUAAUAACUGGCACAUUUUGAAAGGAAUGUUGUGUUUAUUGUAAGCACCAAAAAUAAACAAUUUUACAUGUAAAUCUGUAAAA